AUGGCGCUCACCGUGUACCACCCGCCUCCUCUCGACGUCGGCCCCCCUCCGCCGCCGAGCCGCCGCCUGACUUCGGCCCGCCGCCGCCUCGCGCGGCUGCGGUCCAGCCCGGCCCGCGAGGCGCUCGAGGUGGCGCGGCAGCUCGAGGCGAACGGAUUUGCAGUGCUGGACGGCUUUCUCGGCGCCGCCGCAAUGGGAGCCGUGCGGGACGAGCUCGAGGGCCGCGCACUCUGCGACAGCGGCGGUGCAGCGUCAGGCCAGGUGCGCUCGGGCCGCGUCUCGGCCCUCCGCUCGGACGUCUCGCGCUGGCAGCGCGUCGACGGCAGCGGUGGGAGGGUCGGCCUGCUGAGACCGCUUGACCUCCUCGCAAACCGCACUGACGGGCUCGUCGCUGCGCUGAGGGACCACGCCGGCAGCGCGCCUCUGGCCGGCACCCGUUACGUGCGACACCUAGACAACGUUUGCUCGGGCGGCGCGGGCGCGCGGUGCAACGGGCGGCGCGCCACCGCCGUCUACUACCUGAAUCCGCCCGCAGAGGCGCAGCUUCGCUUCUCUCUUGGCCACUGCGCCGAUUUUUUGGAUUUUUUGGCCAUUUUUUACUUGUUUUCAUGUGGGAAUUCGGCGCUUCCUUGCGGCCAUGCUAUCACGCCUUGCGACAGCCUGUCGGCGCUGCUGACCGUGCCAUGA